AUGUGCGACUUUUCGCGCCUAAAUACUUGCUUACGCAAAACCAGUUACAAUGCAUUCAUCUCUCUCUCUCUCUCUCUCUCUCUCUCUCGCUCUCUCUUUUCCCUCUCUCUCUCUCUCUCUUUCUCUUUCUCGUUCCCUCUCUCCCCCCUCUCUCUCCCCUCUCUCCCUCCCCCCCUCUCUCUCUCUUCUCUCUCUUUCCCUCUCUCUCUCUUUCCCUCUCUCUCUUUUCUCUUUUCUCUCUCUUUCCCUCUCUCUCUCUCUUUCUCUCCCCUCCCCUCUCUCUCCCCCUCCCCUCUCUCUCCCUUUUCUCUCUCUCUUCUCUCUCUUUCCCCUCUCUCUUUUCCCCCUCUCUCUCCCUUCUCUCUCUUUCCCUCUCCAUCUCUCUCUCUAUUUCUCUCUCUCCUUCCCUCUCUCUCUACCUCCCUCCCUCUCUCUCCCCCUCUCUCCCCCUCCCUCACUCCUUCUUUCCCACUCUCUCUUUUUCCCUCUCUUUCUUUUCUCUCUUUUUCCCUCUCCCUCUCUCUCUCUUUCUCUCUCUCCUUCCCUCUCUCUCUCAUCCUCCCUUUCACUCUCUCUGUAUGA